GGGAUAUUAUUAAGAGAAGAAAAAGGGAACGGUGGUUUAGGGUUUGGUGUCUGCCAUGGCGAAGUUCAAUGUGGUGCAGAAGCGAAGGAGAGCUCUCAUAGCAGAGAAGAAGAGACAGCUUCACGGAGACCCUUCCACCGCCAAGCUCAAGAUCAGGGAACAGCCCCAUUCCAUAUCUGGAAAACGAAAGCGGAAGCUCUUCAAAAAAUGGCGCCGGGAGCAAAAGGAUGCCAUACAGAAUGGUUUGAUAAGCAUGGAAGAUGUUCAAAUGGCAGUUGCUGAAGGGGAUAACAAAGAUAAGCCUAAACCCCCAGUAAUGGUUCGCUUGAAGAAGACUGUGAAAGUUAAAGGGCCCAAGCGCAAAGGGAAGAACAAAGGAAAGUCUGUUGUUCCUGCUGCUGAUAUUUCGGCUGAUGCAAUGAUGGAGUAAAUGUCGUUUUAAUGUCCUACAAACUUGGUAGGGGGAGCAUAGAAGAGGCCAAUGUGUGAUGGUAUCAUUUGUAGCCCUUGAGUGAUUGAUAUGCUCUUCUUAUACUCUCUUUUAUUUAAUGAUCUUUAAAGAUUAAUGGAAAUCGGAUUAGCAAUUUAUGGAAAAGGAAAAUGCUCCUACCCCUGACAGCAUGACGUGCAAGGCAAUCUAAAAUCAAGUCUGAUGUAUAUGGUUCUUAGAUAUUCAGAGUAUUAUGCAGUUUAUACGCUUAUCAAUAGAAUUGACAAAUGUCUGGUAUUUUAAAAUUUCCUUUUUAAUGCAAAAAGGAUUUUUAUUUCAGCCAAA